AGUCAUUUCGCUAAUCCUUGUCUAUCCUUUUUAUCUUGGGACUCAUAGCAGUCUGAUCACUAUGGGACAGCGAAGCGGUGGGACAAAGCCAUACGGAUGAUACUCCGGUAAAUGAGAUACUCAGGUCUGUUUGGCUUCAGUGGGCGCUGACUGGAUGCAUGCAGGCUCGCUGUGCAGUCUGAAGAUAAAUGUGGCCCAAAAUGUUCCUCGUGUUCAUCCUGGGACUUUACCUGGGGACAGGUGCGCUUCCCUCCUCAGUGAGUGCGUGCCCGUCGCAGUGCAGCUGUUUUUUUCACAACCUAAGUGAUGGAUCUAAGGCCAGGAGUGUCAUUUGCAACGACCCCGAGAUCUCCCUUGUGCCUGCCAGUUUCCCUGUGGACACGUCCAAGCUGCGAAUCGAGAAAACUGCCAUCCAGCGGAUCCCGAGUGAAGCCUUUAACUACCUCCCCAAUCUGGAGUUCCUCUGGAUGUCCUUCAACGUGCUGUCCGCUCUCAACCCGGACAGUUUCCGUGGGCUGCUAGAUCUGGAGGAGCUGCGACUGGACGGGAAUGCCCUCACCGCGUUCCCCUGGGAGUCUCUUAUGGAUAUGUCCAGCCUCAAGCUGCUGGACUUGCACAACAAUCAGUUGACCUCAGUUCCCGCAGACGCCACAAUUUAUAUAAAAAACCUGACCUACCUGGAUCUAUCCAGCAACAACAUUCUGACUGUCCCUGCUGAGGUGCUAGCCACCUGGCUAACGGUUAAAUCCGCGCAUGGCCCAGAUAGCUCCAAAAUGAUACUUGGCCUCCAUGACAAUCCCUGGGUGUGUGACUGCCGCCUGUAUGACCUGAUCCAGUUCCAGAAGUCGCCAACUCUCUCCGUGGCAUUCAUUGACACGCGCCUCCGCUGCUCCGCACCCGAGAGCCUGUCAGGUGUUCUGUUCAGCGACGCUGAGCUGCGGAGGUGCCAGGCGCCGCGCAUUCACACAGCAGUGGCGCGAGUCCGCAGCACCUUGGGAAACAAUGUGCUGCUGCGCUGCGGGACCAUCGGCAUUCCCAGUCCGGAUCUGGCCUGGCGGAGGGCGGAUGGGAAAGCCCUGAACGGGACUGUCCAGCAGGAGAACUCCAAGGAAGGCAUCAUCUGGUCCAUCCUCAGUGUCCCGGCCGUGUCCUACCGCGACUCAGGGAAGUAUGUCUGCAAGGCCAAUAACUACGCCGGCAACGCCGAGGCCGUCAUCUCCCUAGUCAUCUCCGAAGCACCCCCGAAACCUGACAACAACAACAACCAAACCAGCGUGGUUGCUGCUGCUGCCGUAAAAAAAAACAAAGUCAAGAAACCCAACGGGAUAGGGAAAGCAGCAUACCAGGAGAAACUGGUGGCUAGGUUAGGGGUUCCCACCCCCAGCCCUCCACCCCCACUUGUUGUGGUGGACUCCAGCCCUGUGCCUGAGGGUAUGGGGAGAGUGGCAGAUAGAGCCACCCCUGGACCAGCUACUUUGCCUAGUCCAGACGGACUCCUGGAGCUGGAGAAAACCAACCUGAGCAACCUGGCCCAGGCCCAGUAUGACCCAGACCGGAUAGUUCGCUCGGUCAAGGUGUUGGGCGACACAGAGAACACCAUCACCCUGAACUGGCGGGCACCCAAGGCCAAGAACACUACAGCCUUCAGCGUGCUCUACGCUGUCUUCGGCGAGCGGGAUAUGCGCAAGAUCAAUGUGGCAGCGGGCCAGAAUCGCGUCUUCAUCGAGGGCCUGGUGCCCAAGACCAAGUACAUUGCUUGCGUGUGCGUCCGGGGCCUGAUCCCCAAGAAGGAGCAGUGCGUCAUCUUCUCCACCGACGAGGCGGCCAGUGCCGCCGGCACCCAGAAGCUCAUCAACGUCAUCGUGAUCACGGUGGCGUGCGUCAUCGCCGUGCCGCUCACCGUCAUCGUGUGCUGUGGCGCACUCAAGAGGCGCAUCCAGAAGAUGUGGGGCAAGAAGUCCAAGGACAUCCAGGAUUCAUACGUGACUUUUGAGACGCUGUCCCCCGGGACCAAGGCUAAAGGGUUGGAGGGUGAGUACCUGACCAGACUCAAACCUGAGGAGUCCAACCGACUGCUGUCUGCCCGUUCCAGUCUGGACUCAGAGGCCACAGCUAAGAUAGAGGGACAGCCCAACGAGUACUUCUGCUGACAUCAUGCUCCAGCUCCCUCCCCAUGCUAUCACCCCCACUUACACCCUCUGGCUCAACACAGCCCCACACACACACCUCAUCUACAGCAUAACCCCACACACACACAUCACCCCCAUCAAAGCCCCACACACACACCUCAUCUACAUCAUAGCCCCACACACACGUCUCAUCCUCACACACCUAACUCUCAUCACAGCCCCACGCACACGUCUCAUCCUCACACACCUCACUCUCAUCACAGCCCCACGCACACUCCUCGUGCUCACCACAGCCACACACACACACCUCGUGGUCAUCAUAGCCCCACACACAAACCUUGUCCCCAUACACCUGAUCCUUUCUCUCACCCUCACCAAAGCCCCACACACACAUUUUAUACUCUCCCUCACUUUCAGCAAAGUCCCACAGACACAUCUCGUCGUCACCACAGCCCCAUACACAAACCUCACACUCUCCCUGAGGUUCACCACAGCCCCACACAAACACCUCGUCGAAAUGCUCACACUCACCACAGUCCCACACACACACCUCGCUGUCUCCCGUUCAGUUACGGUAGCCCCACACACACAUCUGGUUCUCUCCCUUUCUCUGACCUUAGCCGCCCACACACACACUCACACAGGGCACAGGACUCUCUCCCACCUCUCCCCCCAUGUUGGGCUCCACCACAUAGGGGGUUCUAUCAGAGGAUGCUUGGACAUUGCACCAUCAUGGAAAUAUCAGUUUAAAGGAGUUCUGUCACUUUUAUUCUUUUUUUUUGUUUUUUUUGUUUUUCAUCUGAAAUGUAUAGUAUUUCAACAGAGAGAAUUUGAAUGAUGUAACUAGUUUUUACACGUUUGGGGAACUAUCCGUUUUAAAUGAGCCCUCAAAUGAGGCCCCAGAUAAUAUUUCAUUCAAAUUCAUUUUUCAUAGUUAAAGGACAAUUCAGCCCCUUUAUAACCAGUUAUUAUGCUGUUAGUAUAUAUGCACUACUGUAAGAUUUCAUACACAUUGUGAUGUUCUGUCCUUUCUGUUAGUCAUACUGCAUGAUUCCUAGUUUUGUCAUUUUGAAGCUUCUGCAUUGCCCUCAUCUACAGCAUUCUACAAUUCCCAGGGUGCAUUUCGUCUCCCAUGAUGCAAUGCUCCACCUAGUUAGCCUGCAGUUAGCUUAGGUAGCUGGCUAUCAAGCCCAGAUGAAGCUUAGUCUAAAUACAUUGCUUAUGUCAUAAGUUUUGAGCGCAUUUCACAUUCAUUUUGGGUUGUAGAUAUGUUAUAAUUUACAUUUACAUUUUAGUCAUUUAGCAGACACUCUUAUCCAGAGCGACUUACAGUUAGUGAAUACAUA